AGGGGCGUUGUGGAUAUGCACUGGGCACUCUUUCAUAACUGGGAGUCAAGACGGACCUCUGAAAGCCUUACUUUGGACUUGGAAUUGACUGUGUCUGGGUGUGACCUUCACUAAAGUGCUUCCUUAGUGAUGCAGCUCUUUAGGCUGUGAAACUGAGGGUUUGUGCGACAAACCUACUAAAUGGAAAACUUUACAACUUACCCUCCCAUAGGACUCAAUCUCACAUGUAACAUGACUGGGAACCACAACUUCAUCUUCACAUUAAUCCCAGUGGUCUACAGCUGCAACUUCAUUAUUGGAAUGGUAGGCAACAGCAUGGUGGUAGCUGUCAUCUACUUCUGUUUGAAACUGAAGACUGUUGCCAACAUAUUUGUUUUGAACUUAGCUGUAUCAGACCUGACUUUCCUCCUCACCCUGCCCAUUUGGGCCAUAUACACUGCAACAGGCUACCAGUGGCCCUUUGGCGGGAGCUUCCUGUGCAAAGCUAUUGCCAGUAUGGCCCUCCUUAAUUUAUAUACUAGCAUUUUCCUCCUAACUGCUCUCAGCAUUGACCGCUAUCUGGCCAUUGUCCACCCAGUCCAGUCCCGACAGUGCCGGACAUUGGAUUAUGCUCGUGUGACGUGUGUUGCAAUUUGGGUAGGGGCUUUGUUUCUGAGUCUGCCCACAGCUGUUGUCCGGAGGACCCACUUGAUCAAGAAUAUCAAUGUAACUGUAUGUGGCAUCCUGGACAAAGAGGAACAUCGCAAUAUGCUGGUUGCUCUCAGUCUGACGAAGAGUGUGCUUGGGUUCCUUCUGCCCUUAACCAUCAUCCUCACUUGCUACUUUCUGAUUGGUCGGGCUCUGCUCAAAGCACGGGACAUUCAGAGGAAUUCAAAGUCAAAUGGGGAUGAGGUAUUGAGCAUGUUGGCUGUUGCUGUGCUGUCGUUUUUCCUGUGCUGGACACCUCAUCAGAUCUUCAGCUUCAUUGACAUGCUUUUUCUGCUUAAAGUGAUCACCAACUGUAAUGUCAUUGAAAUCAUUGACACUGGAAUGCCUUUCACCAUUUGUAUUGCCUAUUUCAACAGCUGUAUGAACCCCAUCCUGUACGGUUUCGUUGGGAAGAACUUCCGCAGGAGCUUGCUCAAGCUGCUGAGAUGCUCUUCAACAUCUGUUGCCUCUCAUCCCAAUCUGAGUACCAAGAUGAGCUCUCUCUCUUAUCGAACCUCAGAGUCAGUCCACCUCUCCGUCAUUAAAACAUCCUCACUACCUCAAGCCACAUGACCAAAGCAAAAAAAAAAAAACACAAAAAAAAAAAACAGUCUGGAAAUGACGGAAUCCAAUUGAAUUAUUUUCUAAACUAUUACUCACUGUCUCUUGUUAUGUAUGACUUGAAUGGGAACAAAAUAUUAUUCAUUCAUCUGUUUCUUUCAAGGUAUUGUGUGAAGAGAAAUGUAAAUGCACAUGAAACAUUUCAUUAUUUACAAGUCUAAGUACAGUUUAGCCAACAUCAGAUAAAAAUUACAGUGCAAGAUCUUUCUGUCUUGCACUGUGAUUGUUUCCUCCUUCCCUGCAAUGGGGACCAAAGCAUAGUUAAGUCAAAUUUAUUUGUAUAGUGCUUUUCACAAUACAUAUUUUUUUUACAAAGAGGAGUGUACAAAAUCAUGCCUUAAUGUCUUAUGUGAGCAAGACAAAUGUGACUGUGGCAAGAAAAAAAAAAAAGAAAAAACUAAAUAAAUAGUGCAUUUUAGAUAGUAGCUUUCUUUUUCACCAAAAUGAUUCUGUUCUGCACAAUGUACAGCAACCUUCUUAACUCUGUAUUUAACCCCAAACGUGCGAUCCAUAGGAAUCCCUUUUGUGUCUUGUAGUUGUAUUGAUUAGGUUGUUUUAUGGGGCCUAAUAAUUCUCACAUCUACUUUGCUAAUAUGGUCACCACUGUUGAUUUUUUGUAGUCUUGACACACAUUAUUAUCUAUAUUAAAACUACUUUAGCUUUCUUCCACCACUCUGACAUUCAGUAGCCUGUGCUACUACAACAAAUCUUGGUUGGCCUGUUAUGUUUGGUAAACACUGUUUAUGUCUUUUUUUAAGUCAUGUGGCAAUAUUGUUUCUGUAUAUAUGUACUCAGGUCUAUAAAUGUGUACUGCUGUUA